UCAUGCUGCUGCCAGGUCCAGAGUCUCUCAUGGGUCCCUGUACGGCCUCCCAUUGCUGCUGUCUCCAUCGCCACACUCUGCCAUGUGCCACUUUCAGGUCUCCUCACACUGCUGGUGUGUUCCAUUUUUUGUCAUAGGGUGCUGGCAGAUUACGGGCCUCCCAUAGCUGCUGCCAGGCCCCUAAUCUGCCAUGGGCCCCUGUACCGCCUCCUCAUGCUGCUGCCAGGUCCAGAGUGUCUCAUGGGUCCCUGUACGGCCUCCCAUUGCUGCUGUCUCCAUCGCCACACUCUGCCAUGUGCCACUUUCAGGUCUCCUCACACUGCUGGUGUGUUCCAUUUUUUG